UAGGUCUGUUUCAUUGACGUAUGUCUGUUUUGAAAACAAAGAAGUAAAAGUCCAAACUUGAAGAUGGGCAAGAUAUUCCUGGAUCAUAUUGGAGGCACUCGCCUGUUCUCAUGUGCAGCGUGUGAUGUAAACCUUACUAAUCGUUCAGAGCUAAUCAGUACAAGAUUCACUGGAGCUACAGGCCGCGCUUUUCUCUUUCACAAAGUUGUGAACUUGGUAUACUCGGGAGUGCAGGACCGGGUGAUGCUGACCGGUCGGCACAUGGUGCGAGACGUCUCCUGCAAGAAUUGUUCCACCAAGCUCGGCUGGGUGUACGAGUUUGCUACUGAGGAGAACCAAAGAUACAAGGAAGGUCGCGUUAUCCUGGAGCGGGCGCUGGUCACGGAAAGCGACGGCAUAGAGGAAAUACAAGUCAACGCAGAUUAGAUUUAUACAUUUAUAUAGAUAGAUACUACAUACCCAUGUACCUACACUUGUUGGACAAGCAUUUGUGUGUUAAUCCAAAUCUCUCCACCAGCCAUUGCUUGCAAGGCCAUCAAAAAUCUUGGUCAUCUGAUGCUUUAAUUUCAGUUUUUUUUUAAUUAGAGUAGGUAUAACGUCACGGCUAUCGUGUGCGUUGCCGGUAAGCACGAAGGUUGAUAUUGGCAUGCAGCCAUGCUUAAUUCAAACCUUAAUCUAAUUUAAACACUCCAUGUAGAAUUGCUUGUCGAACAGUCUAUGCCUGCCGGGCUAGCACAAUCAUGAUUGGCGCGACAGUAUCUCGCCAGCGAGAUAGACUACCCGUCCCUGUUUAAUUAAUACAGUUAGAAAAAGACGGGUGUUCUAUCUAUCUAUCUCGCGGGCGAGAUACUGUCGCGCCUCUCCUGUGCUUGAAUACUGGGGACGUAGCAUUAAUUUUUAUACAUACAUACCUAAAGUAAGGCCUAAGUAACGAGAUAAAGAAAACAAACAUUUAGGAUUUCAAACUUUAUUAUUUGAAGAAAUUAUUAUUCCGACAGAAAUAAUAGUCGCUAGCAAUAGCUAUGAAAUUCAUUCAGGGCCGAUUGCAUAAUAACUUGUAACUAAUUAAUAAUAUUAGCGGAAGUAUCUUUCCAAUUCCUUUGAUUAGAAAGAAACUUCCGGUAGGUAAUAUUAUUAGUUACAAGUUAUUAUGCAAUCGGCCCCAGAUUGUUUAUAUCUAUCUCGCUUCUUGGCUUUACUUUAUAUUUAUACAUAUUUAUUUUAAAUCCUAUGUCUUCGCAAUUCGCCGGCUAUGGCGGUAAAAGUUUAGAUUGGUCUGUGGAUAACCGUAAGGACCGUAAGGUUAAGAUCAGCUGAAGCUCAAGAUUUGACUUGCUUAGUUUUCACAUAUAUAUACAUAUAGUAUACAUAUACACGGUGGCUAAAAAAUAAGUAAGUUUUGGGAUUAUACUGAGCAACUUCUACUAUGGGACCAACCCCGAAAUCGCGAAAAAAAAGUUGGCUUUCAAACAUUUUGGCUGGUCCAUUUUAUAUGGGAGGGUACAUUUUUUUUCGCGGGUUCGUGGUUGGUCCCAUAAUAAAAGUUGCUCAGUAUAAUCCCAAAACCUCCCUGGCAACGGGAAUGCACUUAUUUUUUAGCCACCGUGUAUAUACAUAUAUGUUUUUAAUAUAAGUACCUUAUUGUAAUUUGUAUCUACUCAAGUUUGUACCUAACUAACAAAACUUGGCACCCAUUUAGUUCCCAAUUAUUUUGUCAGCAAAGUAGUUUUCAUAUUAAAUAUUUUUUGUUUUCGAUGGGUUUACGUUUUAUUUCGGAAAUAUUUUAGGUACAGUUGAGUUCAUAAAUAUGUAUACAUUUCUUCACCCUAAUCCAUUGCGAUAAGGUGAAAAAAUGUAUACAUAAUUAUGAACCCGACUGUACGUCGCAUAUAAGAUUACAUUACAAGUAGGUACUUCAGGUUUUAUCCAACAGCCAAUGGUUUAUGUUGUGAUUAAAUAGAUGUAAGUAUUAUAAUUAAUUUGGCGAUAUUAAAUUUAUAAUAGGCAGAGCCUAUAUUAGAGCCUAUUCGAAAAAUUUAAAUUUAUCAUAAUGCGUGGUUAAGUAAAUGCUGUUUUCGCGUAUUAAAAGUGGUCCCACUGCUUUGUACCACAGUGGGUCCACGGGUAUUUUUCUUCCCGUAGACCCACCGUUCUAAACAGGGCAAACCGCCCAGAAAUAGGAGAAGCGGGACUCAGUCUAGUUAAGUUGUGAAGGAAAUGUUUUUUGAAAAGGAACAGUGCGGUGAGACCAUGGUUAAAAUAAAUUACACGUAGACAGCUGUUUAGAUAGUGGGACAACGGGUAAAAAAAAUAAUACCCGUGGACCCACUGUGGUACAAAGCAGUGAGAUCACGGUUAAUACGCGGCUGUUUUUAGUCUUAUUUGAUCGAGUUAGUAAAAAUUGUAUGGUCGAGUUCACAAACAUCUCUAUCUCAUUAAGUAAUAAUCGUUACAAAAAUAUAAUUAUGUUUGUGAACUCGACUGUACCUAUUCUUCUUAGAAUUGAUGUGAGUAAUUCUUAUAUGGCAAAAUCGACAAUCACCAUUUAACUGUGUUCCAUUAUAUCUAACCCAAAAUUGCAAAUUAUUUUUUGAUGAAGCAUUUACUAGGUACCUACUACUUAUUUUUUAACACAAUCACUCACAGCGACUCGCUAGGCGAGUUCUCUGUUCGUAAGCGCUUUUCGCUACAUACGAUUUUUCACGUGUUAUCAGCUGCGUUCCUAGCACGUAGCUCGUGCUGGCAGUGAAUGUGUUAAGAUAAAGGUGUUACUUGAGCCACUAAAAACCUGAGACACCCCAACAGAUUUUUUUAUUUUGAACUCAUCUUGAGUAUUUAUUCUUUAAUCCGAUAAAUAUUUAAAAAAAUAUUCGUUGUUUACUUUUCUUAGCAAUUCUAUUUGACUGGUAAUUCUACUCAAGAUACUUCGUCGUUUGAGUAGGUUUGAGUGACGUGAAACAAUUGCUAGUUACCAUCGUAAACACUGUUAAAUGACCAUUUGCAUACCUUACUGCAACAAGAUAAGGCCAGUUAAGGGUGUUGCUCAUUGAGAAAUAACGUGUCAAAUGGUAGUUAUUGAUGUUGGUGCAUUACAAACUUGGCAUGUAAAAAUAUUAAAAAAAAAAUAAAAAAAUACCCCCAUUAAAAUAUAGCGCAAUCGAUUCUCCCAUCGAUUCUGAACAAACUGUUUUUAGGUUUUCAGUGGGUCAUGAAACACCGUGUAUAUAAUGGUAACAUUGGUAACUAUGUAUAUAAUUGGCACUACAAAUUUUUUCAGGGAAAAUUCACUAGUUUCUAUUUUUUUUCUCUUAUAUAGUAUAUAAGGCCGCGUUCCCAAGACAGGAAAAUUAUCGUUCUAUAUGUGAACACCUCCAUUCAAAUAUACAGGCCACGAUGCAAGACUACCUGUCGUUACGACAUAGUGGGAAAGGGGCCUUACCGGUAUUAUGUUACAAAAUAGAGAAUUAUAGAAAUAAACAGUUUUAAAUUAAAA